AUGUACUUGAAGGCUUUCGCGGCUCUGCUUGCCGUCCCAGGGGCCCUAUCAGCCCCUGCGAUCGAGGAUCGUCAAUACAAUGCCGCCCUCAUGCGGUUCGAAUGCUCGAAGCUCACCAUCGAGCGUCUCGACCCCCUCGUCCAGCCGGGCUCGGUGCCUUCUGCCCACGUUCACCAGAUCGCAGGGGGUAACUCGUUCAACGCCUCGAUGACACCGGGAACUUACGACCCGCCCACCAUGUCGACGUGCACGUCUUGCACCUAUGCCGAUGACUUCUCCAACUACUGGACCGCGAGCCUGUACUUUCGUGCUCGCAACGGCACCUUCAAGCGGGUCCCUCAGCUGACCAACCUCGGCUUGCGAGGCAAGAAUGAGGGCUUGACAGUCUACUACAACUCUCCCUAUGACGGCAAGACCAAGACUACUGCUUUCAAGCCUGGCUUCCGUAUGAUCGUCGGAGACCCUGAGCUGCGAAGCAGCCAAGGAGGCCAGAGGCAGCUCUGCCACCGGUGCGAGGUCAACAUCGAGCAGAAUCCCUUCGGAGGUGCGCCCUGCACGGGCUCAGACACCUUCGCGCUGCCGAGUGGCACCUGCGGCGGCGGCAUUCGUGCCACCAUCACGUUCCCGACCUGUUGGGAUGGGAAGAACGUAGACAGCCCCGACCACAAGUCCCACGUGGCAUACCCCAGCAGUGGGACCUUUGAGUCCUCGGGCCCAUGCCCGGCAACCCACCCGGUCAAGCUGCCCCAGGUGAUGUACGAGGUCAUGUGGGACACGCGGCAGUUCAACAACAAGGCCGACUGGCCUGCAGACGGGUCACAGCCAUUUGUCUACAGCAUGGGUGACAAGACCGGCUACUCUUGGCAUGGCGACUAUCUCUUCGGGUGGAAGGGCGACGCCCUUCAGCACGCCCUUGACAUCAGGUGCAAUGGAGACGCGUGUUCCGGUAUGAAGACGCAGACUGCUGCGCAGGCCAACCAAUGCAUGCUCAAGUCAACAGUCAAAGAGGACGUUGAAGGAUGGCUGACCGAGCUGCCCGGCGGUAUGCCAAUGAACUAA